AUAUCAGCCCCUCCAUCCGUAACAAGGAGAUCAGCGAGGGAGUGUUUUCCAGCUGAAGCCAGUGGAUCAUGUGUCCACCCUCAGCUCCAACACCUUACACCACAGCCCCGCAGGGCAGCCUGUUGGGGGUCUCAUGGGAGAAAGAACAGGAUUGAUCCCUUGUGUUGAAGAGGAGACAGGAUUUCGGGGGAUGCAAACCAGGCCGCGUUAGGAGAUAUGACUACAUUCUUUACACGGAUGUUUUGCAGUUGACCACAACGGAAGAAGGGGCGUAGAGACACAGCUUUCUCAUCCUCUCAGCAAGGACGCCUGGCCAUUGUUCCCAGGCCGUGAUCUGCAUUUGUCGACCAUUCUGUGGAGAACAAACAAAUCAACCUUUUAUAUGCGUGGGGCUCAUCUCCGGCCCCUCUCUGUCCAUCCAGGCAGCACUCACUGGGGCUAAACUGUUCAGCUGGGGCUUUAAUGAAGGCUUUCAAAGAUGGCCAUUCUUGGAAUUCCUGUCCUGUGCUUGCUUGGGUGAUCGCAUGCAGCGAUUGGUGAAAGAAGGGAGCGGGAAACUGUAGUAAAGUAGUAACUCUACAAUUGCUAGUUAUUAAGCUGUAAUGGUUGGUGACUUCAGUGGUUUUCUGUCAAGCUACAGAGCUGGGGUCAGGUGGUGGCUGUGGGAGUUUGUUGGAGUACUCCGCAAAGGGAGAGAGGAAAAAAGGAAAGGAGACAGGGAAAGAGUGAGAAAGAGGAAGAAAAAGAAGUACAGUGGACAAGGCGGUGAAGACAUGCUACGCUACAGCUCACCAGGAUCAGUCACCACCACUGAAGACGGUCUGGAUCAGCCCAGCGAGAGGACAAUCCGGAGACUCAGGCUAACUUUGCAUACAGGACUAAAUGGGCAUGAUGAGACAAAGAAACCAACAUCAGACACUCAAGACAAGGUUGACAACAGAACAUGGCCGAAGAAGAAAGGGCCAGUCCAGAGGAAGAGUCCAUCUGGAAGGGAGUCACCUGUCCAGCACCACGGCGCCAUGACCAAUGGCGAGGUAGAAACAUCGCCGCAGCCCCAGAAUGGGCCCAAGCUGUACGGACUGGUGCAGAGGACGGGCACCGACAGUCAGCAGGAAGUGAUGGCGUGCGAGUGGUCUGUCAAUCACAUGAGGGAUGAGAUGAGGUACAUCAGAGAGGUGAGAGACUCCCUGGAGAAGGUCAGGGAGAGGAUGUACGGUCAGUUUGGUGGAAUGCAACAGUCAAUGCAGAAACUGUCACAAGACAUCAGGACUGCCAACUCCCAGAGGAGGACCUUGGAAAAUGAGGUGCGGGUUCGGACUAGAGCUAUGGACAGCUUCGACCAAAUGAACAGCUCCCUCAUAUCUUCCAGCAUCAACCUGCAGAAAUCUCUACUAGAGAGCUGUCAGAAUCGCUCUGACUCCUGGGACGAGAUGAAGAGUCUGAGAAGCUCCUUUCAGCAAGCUGAGGAAAGGCUCAAGGACAAAGAGAGGCAGCUUGAAAUUGCCCAGGCUGAGAACCGCACACUUAAACUGCAGAUGGAGUCAUCUCAGGAAGCAAACAGCAAGGCUGUGCAGGAGGUGACAGCAAGGCUACAGAGAGAGUUUGAGGAGAGAUUGCAGGAGGAGCAGAGGAAACACAGAGAGGAAAUAGAGAACCUACAGGCUCUAAUUGAUGAGUAUAUUAAGCGACUAGAGGAGGCAGAGAAGAAUGCUAAGAUUGCAGAGGCCAAGAUUGCUGAGAGGGACCAGAGGAUUACUGAGGUGGAGCGUCUGCUGAACUGUAUGGGACAGGAAAAGAGUCAUCUUCAAAAGAAACUACAGGAAUGUGAACAACGUCUAAGUUUAAUUGAGCAGACAGACAAAAAAGAUGCAACAGAUAAAAAAGAUGCAAAAAGUUGUCAGAAGUUGGAAGAGGAGGCAGGGGAGCUUCGGGAGAGAAUCAAACACCUGAAUGACAUGGUAUUCUGUCAGCAGAGGAAGGUUAAAGGCAUGAUCGAGGAGGUUGAAUCAUUACGCGCUAAAGUGGCACAGAAGGACUUGUUCAUCUCAGAGCUCCUAGACAGAAUUGCUAUUGUGGAGUGCGAGAAUAAUGAAUUAGAAGACAAGCUGAAGUAUUUUAUGUCUGUACAGAGUGCCUCAAGGGACGCUGUAAAAACCAGAGAGAUAGGAGUGGGCUGUGAUAUGCUGUCCAGACCUGAAAUUCAGAGGUGUGAUGUGGAACCUCAUGUCCAACUUCCCUCAGAACAACACCAACCCAGACAAGACACAACGGAUCACAGUUCUGCAGAAUACCUAGGACAGUGUAGGACAUUCAGAUCAGGUCCACCGCCACCCAGCAGACUGGAGUCUAGUUUACUGAGGUACAGUCCUCUUGAGUACGUUAGGUCACUGUCCACCAGCCCCUCCAGAUCCUUUGGAACGUUAACCUGUCCAACGCUGUCCACGUCUGACCCUAUAAGCUCUGAUCAGUCCAACGCAGUGCAAACGACAGACACAGACUCAAGUCAAGAGGAGGAUAUUUCAGCGCCAUCCGUUUCUCGAGUAAGAUCAAGUCCGUCCAAAAUCUACACGCCUUUCAUGAAACUUAUGGAGAUAACAGCAAAGAUUAACAUAGAGUAAUCAAAAGAAGGCUUUUUUAUUAAUUAUUUGCAAGGAAAGUGGGGAAAGGUGGAGUAGACUGUUUUAGCUGAAACCGCAUUGGGCCUGAUUCAAGCCAUGUUGCACCAGAAACAGUGACUUGGACUGCUGGACCUCCCGAAGCCACAAAUAAAUUCAAUUAUAAAGCUUUUUUUGUGAAAGUCAACUAUUAAUCAUGAAUUAACUAUGUUGCAUACAUUUAUAGCCUGUUGUAAAUUCUCUGUUGUUCUGUAAAUAUAUUUAAGAAUUAUGUUUUGUUUUGUUUAGAGUGAAUGUACGGUUUAAUGACUUCUGAAUUCACUGUUCUGUAUGAAGGUUUAUAUUUGUAUCUUUUUUUGUGAAAGGUUUUGUUUAGUUCAUAU